AUGGCUCAGUCGUUUGAGCGUGAAUUCACUGACCGGAAAGUCCGUGGUUCAAACCCGGCCUCUGCUUCUCGAUUUCUCCUGUCUAGGUUUGGGCAACCUGGCAGUAUCUCAGCCCUCGUGCUUCCUUCGGGUGGCAUGGCAGUUAGGCAACAAAGGGGUGCUACGACUAAUAGACUUUUCCAACCUCCACUUAAGUUGAGACUCAGUGUUAGACGCUGUGAUGGGCUACUCACCAUAUGCACCACCAGCCGCAAACUAUCCGGCCACUCCCUGGAGCCGGUUAUGAGAAACCUGAUAUGGCUCGCCAUUUUUAAUGGAGAACUCUGCUGCAGUUUACCAUUAAACUUGACCUACGGGUAUAGGUCAUCAUCAUCUGCAAGCCAUACGUUCUCUAAACCUCGGAAUAUAAAGAAUACAUCCACUGCAAUAACGAUUCUCGAGGUCACAGAACACAAGAUUCGGCGUUCGUCUAGUCGAACAGGAGAUGCAAACAUAAGCUGUGUUGGUUGUAUUUCAAUGGGUCGGCGCGUUGAUUCGAAAGAAGUCAUUGUGGUUUCCGAUCGAUUUCGAACUCGCUGGAGGCUUCGGACAGCAACUGUGGCUUUGAUAGCCCUUGUUGCUGGCUUCCUACACUAUGUGCAUGUCAACUCGCUACACGAAAACAGCUUGUUCUUUUCACACCUGUCCAGCCGUGAACGCGAGAUGACUUUCAGAACUGAAAGUGGAUUUUACUAUUCUUAUUUCAAGCAGUUGAUCCUUUCCCCAACUUUGAAAGUCGGAUGGAAUUCCCUCCUUGCGGACACGCGAACUGAACAUCCCAGAUGCUGGAAUGCUUCUCAGGGAUCCCAAGCACUGGAGCAGUGUGGUCAGACCGAGUUGAACGCCAUGCAACGUUUCAACCUCUAUCCCGAACUGAUUUUAGCCGUUGUCUAUCGUUUGGCUCAUACUUACGGGCUCUUGUCCCAAGUGUGCUACCGUGUGAAUCGUGAUAUUCCUAACACUCCGAUUGCUUUCGCAGUUACUCCGAGUCUGUUAGAGCAGACCAGAUACAAUGACUCAAUUUUACUGGAACCUACGCAGACAGUUGGAGUGGAAGAUCAGUCGAUCGUCAGUUGUGUCGGUCUUGCGGAGCCAUCUUAUUUCUACAUCGGAUCGAUUUUCUUCCUGGCCGCAUUUGUUAUCAUCAGUCUUGUUUGGUCUGGGUGGUCCGUCGCAUCUUCUGCAUCCUCAAUCCUUGACUCUCGUGACACACUUGCUUCCUAUUGGUUACCUGUCUGGGGAGCCCUGCUCCCCGUGAUGGCCUACUUCUUCAACCAUCGGGAAGCCACUCGGGUCCAGUGGGUUCCGCCUUUGAGAGAAAACUUCGCCUAUCCCUUUUUCACACUGCAGCAAGCUUGGCUGUUACACUUGCUGUCGAGUCCGAAAACCACUCGCAUAUCUCCCAGAACUGCCUCGGUCUACUGUCUCCUGCUGUUGGCAUUUCAACUCCCGUGGCAAUUCGCUCAGUUUGCGCUGGCUACCCAAGUCGCUUCUUUGUUUGCCGCCUGUUGCAUAACCGCGGCUGUCGGUUCGCAAACGUUGUCAGACCGAUGCAUACUGCUUGUCGACCGUGUCCACACUGUCGUGUUUGUUCAUCUUCUGGCCUUAUUGCUCAGCUUUGGACUACAGUUCGGCAAUGGGCUGCUUAUGUCUUCUGGCUAUCCGGCUGGUUUAGUUGGGGUGGUUGUUGGAUUACGAGUUCUGCGGAGAAAACUUUGCGCCGCGGCACCAACCAGUCGUCUGGAAUCGUCCAAUAAAAAACAAGUCUCUGAUGGUCAGUCCACGUCACCAUGUUCGACAGGAUCAAGGCUUAUGUUAAUAUUCUGGCCCCUUGCAGUCGCCGUGGGUUUUACUAUUGUACCAGGAUUGCUCCUCACCCGACUAUUGUUCCCCGUCAGUGAGGAAGAGCAUGAUGGUGGACACAUUCUUGAUUUGCUUCGUGAAAAGUUGGACUUGAGUGGCCAGUUUCGCACUUUUCAUACACGAUUGUAUACCUGUGCUCGCGAGUUUGAUUUCAUGAGCAAAGAGACAAUAAAACAACCCCUGGAAACUGGUCUUCUACCAGUGGCUGUCCUGCUAUCAGUCUGGGUAUUCUGUGACGCUGCAUGGACGCUAUGGGAGCGCAAGAUAUCCCGACCGAUUCAUUCGUCGGCACCCAGAGAGAACAUGGAUUUGUCUUGUGGAACUGUGCGGAUUCGAAGCAUGUUCAUCUCACUGUUUGUUAUCUUUCAGUUAUGCUUCUUCUCCAUCAUGGCCAUAUUAAUCAUGCGGCUAAAACUGUUCUGGACGCCUCAGCUGUGCCUGUCGCUUGCCUUGUUGGCCCAACCGUUGCGAUGGAGUCGGUUGUUUGACAGCGUUUCCCGUGCGCGUGAAUUUCCAAAAUCCCAGGACGGAUCUUUCUCUCCGACUUCUCGGAAUCGUUCGUCUCUUGCAGUCCAUUUCCUGAUCGUCUUGUUGGCGGCCUACAUAACGGUACCUGGGACAAAGAAUUUACAAUACAUUACCAUUUUUACGGAACACGUUGCCAUACAUGUUCCAACUCCCAACCUGGAGGGCCAGGAGACUGUGUUCGCCAGACCUCUACCCAUGGACCAACCUGAUAUGAGAGACUCUGCGAGUGUCGCGCUGAAUGGGUCGCCGAGGUACACAAGCCGCCACACCACGGCCGAACUUGACAUCCGAGGACAGUUCAGCGCCUAUGACGACGAAGCAUUACUGGACUGGUUUCAAAGUUUACCACCCCCCAAAGAAGAUGUUCGGGUGCCUUGGGUCAUUGCUGGCCCCAUGUCAACUCUCGGCGGCCUGCGCCUCAUGUUACCAGCUACUACGUCCUAUCCAAGCACUCAGCUUCCCCCGAACGAUGGUCGCACUUGGGCUGGCUUUGCGUUCACCAACCAUCCGCACUAUGAAAAUGCCGAGCUGCGACGACGAACCGUACUAGCGUACGCAAUUUACAGUCGACAGCCCAUAGACAAAGUAUGGCACAUCUAUCGUCACCAGUUACAGGCCGACUUUGUUAUCGUGGAUGAGCAACACUGUCAUCCCCGGCAAGGUUGCAGUAAUCCAGAACUUUACGACCUCAUCCUACCUCAACUCGCCGGACGGCCCGCUUUGUGCGAAUCCCUACAAACAAACGGUGCGCAUCACCGAGUGGUUACACCUUCAUCGUGGAAACCUUACUUCCAAAUAGUCUAUGUGGAUAUGAACACCGGACGAGUUGUUUUGUUUGUCAGGCGAACACCGACAGUCACGUAUUCUUGA